AGGAAACUGUCUCGAGCCGAGCGGCAGCGAUUCUCUGAGGAAGUGGAGAUGCUCAAGGGGCUGCAGCACCCCAACAUUGUCCGCUUCUAUGACUCGUGGAAGUCAGUGCUGAGGGGCCAGGUUUGCAUCGUGCUGGUCACCGAACUCAUGACCUCCGGCACCCUGAAGACAUACCUGAGGCGGUUCCGCGAGAUGAAGCCGCGAGUCCUUCAGCGCUGGAGCCGCCAGAUCCUUCGGGGGCUUCAUUUCCUACACUCCCGGGUACCCCCCAUUCUGCACCGGGAUCUCAAGUGCGACAACGUCUUUAUCACGGGCCCUUCAGGUUCGGUCAAGAUCGGCGACCUGGGCCUGGCCACGCUCAAGCGCGCCUCCUUUGCCAAGAGCGUGAUCGGGACCCCGGAGUUCAUGGCCCCUGAGAUGUACGAGGAAAAGUACGACGAGGCCGUGGACGUGUACGCGUUUGGCAUGUGCAUGCUGGAGAUGGCCACCUCAGAGUACCCUUACUCCGAGUGCCAGAAUGCCGCCCAAAUCUACCGCAAGGUCACUUCGGGCACAAAGCCGAACAGCUUCUACAAGGUGAAGAUGCCCGAGGUGAAGGAGAUCAUUGAAGGCUGCAUCCGCACGGAUAAGAACGAGAGGUUCACCAUCCAGGACCUCCUGGCUCACGCCUUCUUCCGCGAGGAGCGCGGCGUGCACGUGGAGCUGGCGGAGGAGGACGACGGGGAGAAGCCCGGCCUCAAGCUCUGGCUGCGCAUGGAGGACGCGCGGCGCGGGGGGCGCCCACGGGACAACCAGGCCAUAGAGUUCCUGUUCCAGCUGGGCCGGGACGCGGCAGAGGAGGUGGCGCAGGAGAUGGUGGCCCUGGGUUUAGUCUGCGAGGCUGAUUACCAGCCAGUGGCCCGUGCAGUACGUGAACGAGUUGCUGCCAUCCAGCGAAAGCGUGAGAAGCUGCGCAAAGCUAGGGAGUUGGAGGCCCUCCCCCCUGCACCAGGACCCCCACCAGCAACUGUCCCCAUGACUCCUGGUCGCCCCAGCGGCUUCCCCCCUGAGCCUGAGGAGCCAGAGGCAGACCAGCACCAGCCUUUCCUCUUCCGCCAUGCCUCCUACUCAUCUACCACCUCGGAUUGCGAGACUGAUGGCUACCUCAGCUCCUCCGGCUUCCUGGAUGCCUCAGACCCUGCCUUUCAGCCCCCUGGGGGGGUGCCAUCCAGCCCCGCUGAGUCCCAUCUCUGCCUGCCCUCGGCUUUUGCCCUAUCCAUUCCACGUUCUGGCCCUGGCAGUGACUUUUCCCCGGGAGACAGCUAUGCCUCAGAUGCAGCGUCAGGCCUUAGUGAUGUGGGAGAAGGGAUGGGACGCAUGAGGAGACCCCCAGGGAGAAAUCUCCGACGCAGACCACGAUCCCGGCUGCGGGUCACUAGUGUCUCAGACCAGAAUGACAGAGUGGUUGAGUGCCAGCUACAGACUCACAAUAGCAAGAUGGUGACCUUCCGAUUUGAUCUGGAUGGGGACAGCCCGGAAGAGAUCGCAGCCGCCAUGGUGAGGGGGAGAGAGAUGAGGACAGAGUCUUUGGGGCUAGGACAGGAAUCUCCCGUCUGAUGUCCCCUGGUGCUGAACUCCCCCUUCUUCCCACCCAACAGCAAGGGUUUUUAUUUUAUUUUUUAUUUU